AUGGCCUGGUCACACCUGUGCCUAAAGCAUACCCACCAACUGACGUUAGUAACGAUUUUAGACAAAUCUCUGUUUUGCCACAUAUUGGGAAAAUCCUAGAGAGAGUACAACUACAACUCAAUCAAAAUGACAUCAUACUACGUCCCAGUCAACAUGGUUUUACUAGUGGCCGCUCUACUACAUCGGCUCUGAUAUCCAUCACACAGCCAUGGUUUAAUGCUACUGACAAUACCUGCCGUGACAAAGCAGGCAUCCAUGCCCUCUUUAUCGACUUUAAAAAAGCCUUUGAUCUAGUGAUCAUGGGAUCCUGUUGAAUAAUCUUGCAUUGAUUAGUGUUAAUAAAAGCUUCUGGUUGUGGAUCAAAAGCUUCUUAUCUGGUAGAACUCAGCAGGUCAAGAUAAAUCAAACACUUUCAUCGAUUGAGGGUUGCCCAGCUGGAGUACCGCAAGGAUCUGCUCUUUCGCCGACUUUAUUUAAUAUCCACGUUGACGACUUAAAUACGAGUGUUCCUGAAGAUCUUGAGGUGAGCACAUAUAAAUAUGCCGAUGACUGCACACAAAGCGAAUGCAUCAUGAAGGGAGAGUGUAGCAACAUGCAGAAAGUCUUAGACUCCGUUCAGAACUGGUCAAGCGCUAAUAGAAUGAAGUUGAACGCAAAGAAAACUAAAGAUAUGUGGAUUUGCUUUGGGAAAUCUAUCCCACAGCCUCCCAAUCUUUAUAUCGGGGAUGUUAUGAUCGAAAGAGUUAAUUCAUUCAAGUUACUUGGUGUUAGCUGUCAAAGUAACAUGAAAUGGAAUUCUCACAUCAAAGAAAUUACUCGUCAGGGAAACAGGAGACUGUGUCAUCUAAGGCAGUGCAGGAAGGCUCACCUUCCUACUGAAGUAGGAUUGGCAACUUACUGCACCAUAAUUCGUCCACUGCUUGAAUAUGCCGCACCAGUUUGGGGUGGCCUACCUCACUAUUUAGUGAACGACCUUGAGCGUAUUCAAAGGAGAAGCUUACGUAUCAUUUGUUUACCGGUCGGUACACUUCCCCCGCUUAGUGAGAGAAGAGAUAAGCUAAUUAACUCUUCGAGAAAUGGAGGCAAUUACUCAGGACGUAAACCAUCCCUGUCACCACUUUGUCCUUAUCGCACAGAAGCAUGA